GACAAAGGCCGACACCAACUAGCUUCGAUCCAUGCUAUAACUCUACAACAUACACAAACCCCGAAACGAGUUGAAGUUGUCGCUGCCAGAUCAUCGUCAAGAUGACGGUCCAGGACGCCGUCGACGCCUCCGAACACUACGAAAUCUACAACACCGACGACAUUCCCUCCCUCUACACCAUAAUCAUCGACACCAACCCGCGCGCCUGGGCCGCCCUCAACGAUGUCCUCCCGCUCACCAAAGCGCUCGCCAACAUCCUAAUAUUCGUCAACUCCCACUUAGCCUUCAACAAUUCCAACCAAGUAGCCCUCAUAGCAUCACACACCAACCGAGCAGUAUGGCUCUACCCAACCGCUCCCGACCAAAACCCCGACCGAAAACCGAUAAAUCCGAACGAAGACGUCGAAAUGCGCGACGUCUCCUUCACAAGUAAACAACAACCACCACCGCCCGCAAACAAAUACCCCCUCUUCGCCCAAAUAGAGCGCUCCCUCCUCUCCUCCCUGCGGUCUCUCAUAACCGCCACCACAACCGACGACAUCGCCUCCACAACCACCACGCAAAUCUCCGGCGCCCUGACCCUCGCCCUCUCGCACAUCAACAAAACCGCCCUCCUCUUCGCCCCCACAAACAACUCCACCGGCCCAACCUCCUCCUCCGGCGGCGGCGGCGGCAAGCCCUCGGUCUCCACAACCUCGGGCGCCGGCCCAGGCGGCGGCAACGCAGCCUCCCUCCCCGGCGUGGGCGGGGGCGGGCUCGCCGGUCUGCACGCCCGCAUACUAGUGGUGAGCGUAAGCGACAGCUCCCCCUCGCAGUACAUCCCGACGAUGAACGCCGUGUUCGCGGCGGCGCACGCGCGCAUUGCCAUUGACACGCUGGCGCUGCGGGGCAGCGCGACGUUCCUCCAGCAGGCGAGCUACAUCACGCGCGGCACGUUCAUCCGGGCGCAGGAGCCGAGAGGGUUGCUGCAGUACCUCAUGUUUGGGUUUGGAAGCGGGAGCGCGCCGCAGGGGUUGGCGGCGGCGGGGAAUCAGCGGUCUGGUCAGCAGCAGCAUGGGGGCAACAAGAAAGAGGAUAAGGCGAACGAGAAGGCUGUUGCGGCUAAGGGAGGGGGCAACAAGCAUGGGGGCAAGUUCCUGGGGAGUAAUGCCAGCGUGGCGGAUUUGUUGGUCACGCCUAGUGCGGACUCGGUGGAUUUCCGGGCGGCGUGUUUCUGUCAUCGGAACGUGAUUGAUACGGGGUUUGUGUGCAGUAUUUGCUUGAGCAUCUUUUGCGAGGUGCCGGAGGGCGGGGAGUGUUUGACGUGCGGGACCAAGUUGGCGUUGGGGAAUUAUGGGAGGAGGAUACCUAUGCUGCCUUCGAAAGCGGCUGCUGGAGGGGGACAACAGCUGCAGCAACAGGCUAAUGGGAAUGGAAAGGUGCAGCAGGUAUAGGAAUCGAGCACACAGAAGUCGAUUAAAUGGGUUUCAGAAACGUGGGAUAAUAUCCUUUGUCCUUGGUGGGAGAGCCUGACAGACAGAGACAGACAGAGGCACUGCAGACCAAAGACGGUCGAGACGGAGGAGGUGAAGCCUAAGUGACUGGAAAGCCUGUCAAAAUCUGACAGAAAAGGCUUGGAGAACCAUAUAUACACUCAUAGAGAGCUUUGACAUGCACAGCUAAUACACAUAUAGCUAAAGCAGCUUCUAUGGCAAACAUCAU